AUGGUUCAAUUACUACACUCUAUCAAGGCACACAAUGAUAAGGUUUGGAGUGUUUCUGUCCAUCCAACAUUACCAAUAAUUGCCACAGCAUCUACCGACAAAUCAACAAAACUAUACAAACUUUCCGCAAGGCAGAAAUUCCCAUUAGUUGCCAAAUUAGAAGAUACUCACAAAAGAUCAAUACGCUCUGUUGCAUUUAAACCUCCAUUAGGUGGUGCUGAUACUCCUAAACUGGAUUUCUUGGAUUUGCCGGCAUUAGCAGCUGGUUCUUUUGAUUCCACAAUUAGUGUAUGGGGUAUUGAUGAACCCGACGUUGAAUAUGACAUUGAAGAAGUUAUUGCUAAUCAAAAGGAAAUUCUUACUAGUCCUAAUAAUGAAUGGAAUUUAAUGGCAAUUAUAGAAGGUCAUGAAAAUGAAGUGAAAGCCGUUGAUUGGAAUUUUCAAGGUCAAUAUUUAGCUUCUUGUUCAAGAGAUAAAACAGUUUGGAUAUGGGAAACUGAUCCGGAAACUUUAGAAGAAUUUGAAUGUGUGGCAGUAUUGAAUGAUCAUUCACAAGAUGUGAAAAAUGUUUCUUGGCAUCCAUCAAUGAAUAUAUUGGCCAGUUCUUCUUAUGAUGAUACUAUUAGAAUCUAUCAACAAGACAUUGCUGGGGAUGAAUGGUCAUGUGUUGGUAUUUUAAAUGGACAUGAAGGUACUGUUUGGUGUUCUAAAUUUGAAAGUCUUAAAAGUCCAAUUGCUGAUUCAAGUGUUUUAAGAUUAGUUUCUGCUAGUGAUGAUUUGUCAGUAAGAAUAUGGGUAGCAAAAAGAGAGCAAGAAGACGAUGAACAAGCUAAGUUGGAACUUCCAAGUUCGAUUAGACACACAAACGAAAUGGUAUGGGAAGUAGAAUCUGUUUUGCCUUCUGUUCACAAGUAUCCGGUUUAUUCUGUGGCGUGGUCUGCAUUAACUGGUAAAAUUGCUAGUGCUGGCUCCGAUGGGAAGAUUGUUGUGUAUUCAGAAACUGAAAAAGGGAAAUGGGUGAUUGAUUCUAUUCAUGAAGGUGCACAUGGAGUUCAUGAAAUAAACUGUGUUAUCUGGGCACAACUAGAUGAUGAAAAUGAAAUAUUAGUGAGUGCCGGAGACGAUGGAUAUGUGAAUUUAUGGAAAAUAUAG